UAUUUGCUUUAGCACUACCAUUAGAUGGAAUAGUUUUGACGUUGUAGGCUAUAAUAAUAUAUAUACAUGUAUUUAAUUAAUAUCACGCACAUUGAACGCAGGCAGAUAGCAGCGAAAAUAGGUCAAUAUAUACAUUACUAGGAAGUACUGCGUUGUCUACUUUCAUUUUCUCAACAUUCCCCGAAUUGAUUAGUAGACGAUUAAAUAGCAACGUUAACUCUGCCACCCAAUAUGGGAAACAGCAACUCCAAGGAUAGCGACGAGGACUGCCAGUUUGAAGAUGGCGGCUAUUGCUACCACGAGAAGGUGUUACAGGAGGCUCUGGAACCUCUAACAGAUACACCCACACAGGAAGAAACUAAUGCUGGUAACAUGGUGAACGAUCUUACAACAAACAAUGGGAAUGAUGAAAACGAAAAACUAGAACAUACGGGAGUAUAUAACCUCAUGCAGGAAGAAACCAGUGCUGGUAACAAGCUGAUCGAUCUUACAACAAACAAUGGGAAAGAUGAAAACGAUAAACUAGAACAUACGGGAGUAUAUAACCUCAUGCAGGAAGAAAUCAGUGCUGGUAACAUGCUGAUCGAUCUUACAACAAACAAUGGGAAUGAUGAAAACGAAAAACUAGAACAUACAUUAGUAGGUAACCUUAUGCAGGAGAAAACCAAUUCAAGAGACAUAGUGUACGACGCGGAAUCAAAUAUUACUGUGACUAAUAAUGAAACAAAUGUGCGUAAUAAAAAUGAUGGAAAUGGUUAUGCAAAUAAACUGAAAACGCAGAGUGAUUCAAAAUCGUUAGGUGAUUCGAAUAGAAAACAAAUAAGAAGGCAGAUAACUCAUGUAGAAACGAAAGCUAUUGUUAAAAAUAAAAAACCUAAACUGUCAGUGUCGAAACAAAAGUCGGGUGAGAGAUUGAUUGUAAAGUUUCCAAUAAUGGACAGACACCGACAAAAACACGCCAAUGACUCCCGAAAACCAAACAAGAAUGAUUCUUCUUCAAGAAUGGAUACUGGUAUGUCGGCCGGUGGAGGCACUUCCACAUCCUUGGUAUGGACAGCUGUAAAAAUACCAGCUCAUUUGCAGGAUGGCAAAGAUGGUGAAAGAAAUCCAGUGACUGUGUCACGUCCAAUAAAUGUUCCCAAACAACUGAUACGAAGAAAACUGCUUCAAGAUAAGUGAAUCAACACUGAGCACCGAUUAUCAAGUUCUUCCAAUGAGUAAACAUUAGAAAUCACAUUGUGUGUGUAUGCGUGUGUGUGAGUUCGUGGUGUGUAGGCCUACGGUAAAUGCCUAAAAAUGGAAGCUUUGUGAUAUUUCAGGUAGAAAUAAAAAAGAAGAAAAAAGUCCAUUUAGGGAGGUUGAUCCUGUGACCAACAACACCUUAGGUGAGCAUGCUACAACUGAACUACGUCGACUUUAAUUCUGCCUAGGAAUAUUCAGCUUUUAAAAAUGCUAAUGGAUUUGUCAUUCCGUUUUGGCAGGAGAAAACUAACCAAAGAAGAACGCAAUAUGGGAAAGCCUGUAAUUUUUAAAAUAUCCAAGAAAAAAAAUGUAUAUCAUCAUUUCAGUUAGGUAAUUCUGCAGUCUCAUUAUAAUCGGCUCACCUGGUCUAACUGAGCCGAUUUAAUCAGAUCGAGUUUCAAAACUGAGCUAGUGUGGUGAAAAAUAUCGCAGGACUACCAAGCAGAAUGGUUUCAUAAAUCCGAACACAAAAAAAACUAUUAUCCGUGAUAAAGACCCCCCCCCCCCACACACACACACACACACACACACAAAACAUCUAUGUACAAUGCAGCCGAAUCGGUAUUUGUUAAAAUAGUGGUCGCUUCCGUGAAUCUCUAUCUAGUGCCUCGUCUGUAGGACAGCCACUUCCGUGGAGAUACUCUACUGAAAAAUACAUCCUUUUAACUUUACUGAUGAAAACCAAUAUUUAAUCUUACAACACCAAUCAACUGAUAACGUCCUUGUUCACAAUACAAAGGAAAAAAGUUAAUAAUCCGAUACUAGUAUUUCAUUUUAAAAAAAUUAACCUUCAAGACUACGAACUGGUCACUGCCAUUUCCUGUCUUAAGCUGGUAGACAACAAUCGUCCAUGCCAAACGAAGCUAGGUUAAAGCACUGACCGAACGAAGCAACAUUUCCUGUCUGAAGCUGGUAGACAACAAUCGUCCAUGCCAAACGAAGCUAGGUUAAAGCACUGACCGAACGAAGCAACAUUUCCUGUCUGGAGCUGGUAGACAACAAUCGUCCAUGCCAAACGAAGCUAGGUUAAAGCACUGGCCGAACGAAGCAACAUUUCCUGUCUGGAGCUGGUAGACAACAAUCGUCCAUGCCAAACGAAGCUAGGUUAAAGCACUGGCCAAACGAAGCAACAUUGGCCGAGACAGACUUGAUUAUGUAGUAGUCCUUUUCAACACAACCAGACUCCCAAGUCUAAAGCGUGAUCAACCAUGUAUCAUGAACGCAGAACAUGCUAUACAAUUAAAAUAAAAAUCAUCUAUAUUGUUUGUAACCGUGAAUCUUGUUUGCAGUUAGCAAUAGACUAUAGUGGUGACCAGCAUGUUCAGUGUUUAACACUAUGCAGCUUUUCUGCUCUUACAUAAAUAACCAGAACAAUUGUGUCGUUCAAAUCAUUCCUUACGUUUAUUAGCAUUAUUAUGUACAGACAUAUUUACAAAUAAAUAUACACAAAAAGAAAAACGAGAGUAAUAAUGUGAUUUUCAUGUUACAUCUACUUGCCUUAUCUCAGAUAAAUGGCCCUGCUUAUACAAUGUACUACAUGUAUAUCGAAUAGAUCUAAUACACUCGUCUAGUUGCAUGUCUUACUAAAUAUGUGGUUUUUAUUAUUAUUAUUAUUAUUAUUAUAUAUAUAUAUAUAUAUAUAUAUAUAUAUA